AGAGCGGAAUCCGUCGAGCGGAAAUCAUGAAAUCGGCGAUUUUUCUGUACGCGAUCGCCGCGUUCCUGUGGGAUUCCCAAUCCGAUGCGAAGGUGUUCGAACGGUGUCAACUGGCCCGCGAGCUGGCGAAACACGGCGUGCCCGACGAGCAAAUACCGACGUUCGUCUGCAUCGCUAGCCGGGAAUCCGGCGGCGAUUCCGGAAAAAUUGAUUACAAAACCGGGCGGCACGGUGUAUUCCAAAUCGACGAGCACGUGUGGUGCUCGCCCUACGAGCGUCCUGGUCGCGAAUGCGAGGCGAGUUGCAGUUCGUUCCGGGACGAUUUCAUCGGCGACGAUAUCGCCUGUGCGAUGAAGAUUUACAAGGACACCAAGCAGCUGUCCUCGGUCGGUUACGACGCGUGGGGUUCCUACUGGGAGCAUUGCGCUUCUGGAAACAAUUUGGAAUACGUCGAGGGAUGUUACUGAACGCGUCCCGUUCGUGCGAUAGCAGCGCUAUAAACGUAGAACGCGCGAAUUUUAUGUGUGUUUUUGCGAAAGAGAAAAUAUGUACGCGGAUAGAGUAUCAAUAAAAGAGCGUUCGAUGAGAAAAUACAUGCCGAGAAUGGUGUUUUGGACCGCUUAAGUAAAUUCGGCUUUGCAUCAAAUUUGCUGGAUAAACUCGCUUGAAUAAAAACUUUAAUUUACUAAUCGAAUACAUGUACAGACAAGCUAUUUUCGAACGUUAAAUAUGUCUAU